UCGAGAGAGAGAAUUCUUGACGGCUUCAUAACGGAGAGGGAGAACGUCCCUGCCCACUCUAGCUGGUGCCGGCUCUCUUCGCCGUUCCUUCGGCCAAUUCAAGUGUGCUUUCUACCUUAGCAAGCCGAGACACGAAGCAGCACACUCUUCUUGAAAGCCUUCCGGAACCCUCCACCACCCAGUUUCUCCUCCCAUCUUGUGUCCACUCCAACAUGCACUGAAUCAACUCCCCCACCAUCGUCACCCUUUACGGCCUUAACCCGACAACGCCGAGGCCCCGUCGUCCCGCUGCCUGUGCUCGCCGCUCGGAUCGGAUGCCGGGUUUCGCCCCCCAACUAGGUGAGUCGCGGUGCCGCCGAUGAUCGCGGUGGUCCGUCGUGUCGUCGGAACCUGAGGGACAAAGCUCUCUCACUGCUCUGUCGCGACGCGCUCGGCGGCGUCUUUACGUCCGGGAUUCGUCGUUGCUGCGUCGCAUUGUCGUUCUGUGGCUCGUCUCUUCGGACCCGGUCUGAUUAAACUGGUUCGCAUUCCGUUCCGUCUUGCUCUACUUCGGAAUCUUGGCCCAUGGAGGUUCUGGUCUCUCUCCAUCAGACUGUUAUUCCUCAGCUGUCUAAUCCUGUUAUGUUUUGUGACGUCUUGAAGGAAUUGUACGACAUUGUUGGAGUCGUCAAUGUCAUGGCUCUCAGCUGUCUCUUCCUCCUCAUGAUGCAAUAUGGCUUAGAUUACUGCUACUUCUAUGAAAAGGAAGAUGGUGAAUCUGAGGCCAAGGAUGAUCUGAAAAUGGAAGAGCAAAUAGUUGGCAAUGGAAAUGACUCAACUAGCAUGGAUUUGCCUAAGAAACCUGGGUUCGAUCUUUUCCGUGAUGCUAGUGGAUUGUCCAAGUUGUUAACACCACAGUUACUGUCUACCACCGAAAUAGCUAUGGAGAUAAAAUUGAUGUUCACUCAAAUGUGGAUUUCAUUUUUGAGGUUGCCACUUCCACUCGAUGUAAAUAAGGAGGUUCUAGUCUCUCUCCAUCAGGCAUUUAUUCCUCAGCUGGCUAAUCCCAUCAUGUUUUGUGAUUUCUUGACAAGAUCGUAUGACGUUGGUGGAGUUGUCACUGCCAUGGCUCUCAGCAGUCUCUUCAUCCUCAAAUACUGCUACUUCUAUGAAAAGCUGCUUGAUUCCUCUUUAAAAUCACCCCUCCUUCCAGCAUUCUUGGCUGCUGCUUUUGACAACAAACUGAGUGGACUAGCACUAUCUGUGCUUCGACUAGGGGCACUGGUCAUUGUUACACCUAUCUACAGUCUCUUUCGAUGGCAUCCUUCCAUCAACCGUUUAGUGCGCAGGGUGUCUAAUAAAAGAAUAGCCACCAGGAGUCUUUUACGAUUUCUCCUCCUCCUCCUCCUCUUCCUCCUCCUCGUCCCCCGUGCUGUUGGCGAUGUUGGCACAGCUUCGUACUAUGGCCCUCCCUACGAACGCACGGAGUGCUACGGCGAGGGCUCAUCCCAGUUCCCUAAUAGCCACCUGUUCGCAGCUGUGGGCGACGAACUAUGGGACCAGGGGGCAGCGUGCGGCAGGGAGUACGAGUUGCAGUGCAUCAGCGAGGCGCACUCUGGCCCUGGACCCUGCAACCCUGGCUCCGGCACUAUCCGGGUCAAGGUCGUGGACUACGCCCUCUCGGAUAAUUCCUCUGCCGCCCCCCCAAGGCAGUCUGUGACCGGUGCUGAUUUGGUCCUUUCUCUGACCGCAUUUGUUGGCAUUGCCAAUCCGUCCAUGGAUUCGAUCAGCGUGGAGUUUAAGGAGUUCUAGCAAGAUUGGAGUCUACAUUGGUGGUAGUUUUUUUUUUCCGUCAAAAAGACUAUUUCAUUCAUUUAAAGCAAAACAUAGGAACACCAUAGACGAGUUUCAAAAAGUAACAUAUCUCAAAGAGAUGAAGGGAGAUAAUAUAAAUUAGGAGAGAUUGAUUUCCUAUGAUGGACUUUAGCAACUCAAUCGACUAUUUGGUUGGUCUCGCGCCGACAAUAAUUUACUCGCACAUCUUUCUCUGGGUUAAGUGCAA